CUUGUUAAUUUAUAUUACAAAACAAUAACACAUUCCGAAAAGCAAACACACAGCACACACAACUACAACACGCACAGUCCGCAGUAUCGCGGUAACCAAAGCAAAAAAAAAUAUACAAAAACUGGCAAAAACCUACAUUUUAGCUUUUACUUUCGGCAAAGGGAUCCAAGAUGCCCCGCGUGAAGCCCACCAAGAAGCUCGAUGUCCUGGGAAACCUGGACCUGCGGCCCGAGGAUGCCGUGGGAGACUAUAUCAGCUCCAAGCAGCAGAAGAAAUUCUUCGUGCUCAUCCUAGUCAUGCAGUUUGAGCUUUUAAUGAUUAAUGAUUUAUGCUACAAGGAUACUUAUAUUUGGUAACUACUCUAUGACCAUACAUCAAAUCCUGUAGAAUUCCGCCGAAUUCGGACUCCGCCGGCGACUCCAUUGAACUGAUAUAUGUGAACAAUCUUCGCGAGCACGAUGCCAUGCUCAAGCUGCAGGAGGAGAUGCUGACCAGUGCCAAGCGGCAGACCAAGCUGAACUCCGCCAGAGUUAGGAACAUGUACAAGAUCCAGGAGCGCCUGAGGCGGCGCUUCAUCGAGGUGAACAGCUUCAUCAAGGACUGCGCGGACAAGAAGAGAGUGGCCGACAAGACCGCCCAAGCGGAGACGCUCUACCACAAAGAGCUCGGCGAGGGCAUUGAGAGCUUCAAGGACUCGAUCGACGAACUCAAGGCCUUUCGGGAGGCUCUCAAGGCCACCGUACAGGAGUUCCAGCCCUACGAGAAGGUACUCGACGAGGUGGUGAAGGUAUCCGACAUAUUCGUGUCGCCAAAGGACUGCACUGAUCGCUGCGAUGCGCUGAUGCUGGCUCAAGUGGAGAUCACCAAAUUGGAGCAUCAAAAGCUCCAAGACAUCGAGGGCAUGCGGCAGCGUAUGGUGCAGAUUACAAAUGAAGCGGCUCUAACUGUACUGGGUCUAAAAAACGACCUGGCCAAACUGGAACGAUCCUAUAACGAGUCCAGGGUCCAGUGCCUCAGGUGGGAAAAGAUCCUGGCCCAAACCAAGGACGCCAUCAACAAUAGCUAUAUGGACAAAGAGCGCACAAUAGAUGCGAUCACCAACCUUCACAGAAUCCUUCUACGGCGAAGAGACAUACAUUCCUUCCCUGCUCGCGGCGACUUGGACAAGGUGUUGGAUUCCAUCAAGAGCGAAGUGGAAAUACUAACUGGCGUUAUAAAGGAAAUCGAGUCAUCUGACUCCGCGGUGAAGCACGAGGAAGCCAGAGAUAAAACUCUGUGCUAAGUGGAUAUGCAAAUUGCUAGUAUUGGUAGGAAGGCUUAGGCACACCUUAAAACUAUUAAAACUAUAAAACUCUGGACUUCUUUAUAAAACAA